AUGUUUCAUCAACGAGUCAUCACACCCCUCAUGGCUCAUGCAUUACCAUUUCGAGUUAACAGAUUGGUGAACAGAAUUCCUCCUCGCGCAGAGGCAAAAGCAGUAAUCGAUCUACCUACGAUAGCCCAUGCAGCGGCGACGGAUUACCUAGGAGCGGCUCUUGGAAAAACGGUGAAUAUGAAUAGAAUUCUUCAAAUGGAACAUAAUGUGGACGAGAACUCUCUCUGCGUAUAUUAUUGUGGGAAGGCAGACGGAAGCGAUGACCACGCAGUCAUGAGGAUCGAGCUUGACGUCAAUGAAGACGGUUUUUACGUCGGAAAGGCUCACGUCCACAGUAACCGGCAGGACUUGGUGGACGCAAUCACGAUUCUCCUCGGGCAGUGA